GUUCUCGGUGGUCACCAUUUUGAGGCUGGUGUUUGAAGGGUUGAGAGUGUUUGAAUCAGGUUAAUGGUUCCGUCGAGGUCUUGAAAAUAUUCAGCGUUACUACUUUUCAGGGAGAUCACGUAUUAUUUUAGUUUUUACCAGAGAUUGUUGAAUUUGGACGGAGACCGUUUCUUGGUUUGCAGAUGCGUAACUCCAAGCGAGUGCAUUCUCCGGGGUGCUGGAUCAGAGACGAUAGCUGGGAGGAGAAGUACAGCAGCUGUAAGCGGAGGAAGCGAUCGCACAGCAGCGAGAGGGAGAACAGACCGAGCAGGCACAACCGCCAUCAUAAAACCUCAGAAGGGCAUUACUUGGAGUCAAAAAGCUUGAAUGAAAAGCUGGACUGUAAGGACAGGAGAGGUCGUAGGUGCAGUAAUGACGUCUCUUCAGGUUAUGACAAUGGGCAUUUAAAGGACAGAGACUGGCACCAUUACAGCAAGUCCUCAGGCCACAGUGGAAGAAGCAGGAGAAGCAGCCGUCCCUAUAGGCGAAGGGGAAGAGAGAGCUUCUCUGCCUAUCGUUCCUAUUCGAGGAGUCAUCGCAGGAAAAGAUCCAGGAGUUUUGAGGAUGAUGAGGAGGGUCACCUGAUCUAUCACAGUGGAGACGUGCUAAGAGCAAGAUAUGAAAUUGUGUGCACUUUAGGAGAAGGAGCCUUUGGAAAAGUCGUUGAAUGCAUUGAUCAUGAGAAAGGGGGUGCUCGUGUAGCACUGAAGAUUAUAAAAAAUUUUGAUCGAUAUCGGGAAGCAGCAGUAUCUGAAGUUGAAGUGUUGGAGCAGAUAAAUUCUCUUGACUGUGACAGAAAAUAUGCUUGUGUAAGAAUGCUGGAUUGGUUUGAUCACCAUGGCCAUAUUUGUAUAGUGUUUGAAUUGCUGGGACUGAGCACCUAUGACUUCUUGAAGGAAAAUGGCUUUAUGCCAUUUCCAAUGGACCAGAUCAGAGAGAUGACAUACCAGAUUUUCAGAGCUGUCCGCUUUAUACAUCGGAGCAAGCUCACUCACACUGACCUGAAGCCAGAGAAUAUUCUUUUUGUGAAUUCUGAUUAUUACAUGGAGUACAAUCCCAGAAUGAAACGUGAUGAAAGAACCCUGAAGAAUCCUGAUGUGAAAGUUGUGGAUUUUGGUAAUGCAACGUAUGACCAUGAGCACCACACGUCAGUGGUGUCAACCAGGCACUACAGAGCCCCUGAGGUCAUUCUUGAACUGGGAUGGAAUCAGGCUUGUGAUGUCUGGAGUCUUGGUUGCAUUUUAAUUGAAUAUUAUCUUGGAUUAACUCUGUUUCAGGUGAGUUAUACACAUGACAGCAAGGAACACCUUGCUAUGAUGGAGAGAGUACUGGGACCAAUACCAACGCACAUGUUGCAGAAAACUAGGAAGCGAAGAUAUGUACAUCAUGACAGACUUGAUUGGGAUGAGCACAGUUCUGCAGGCAGAUAUGUUAGGAAGCAUUGCAGGCCUCUUAAGCAAUACAUGGCUUCUAAAAGUUUAGAGCAUGAACAGCUUUUUGAUCUGAUUGGUAAAAUGCUGGAAUAUGAUUUUUCAAAAAGAAUUUCCCUGGACCAAGCACUGAAACAUCCCUUUUUUGACCCCAUAAGGAAGGGAAAGAGGAAGUAAAGUCUGUACUGAAAUAUCCAACAUUAUACAUUCUCCAGGAGAGACUUCAGUGGACUGCAUCAGUCUGCCACACAGUGAUCACUGUUAUGUUGUUAUUGUUAACUUACUGUGUAUAAAUAUUUAAUGCUGUAAUUGGUUAAGCUUUUUAAUUUUUCCCUUGUUUUACAUCUAAAGUAGGUUUGUACCUUUUUGAAGUAUGAAUUUCACAAUAAAUGCAAAUGAGCUGCCUAA